AUGCUGCAAAUAAAGCUGGCACCCGACCCAGGCGACCCGGCGCACGUCCACGGCCAGACUGUUAUGGAGGCCCAGCAGUGUGGCGAGCUGGUGCAGCUGCAGGACGAUGCCAGCUACGCGCUGGAUGGCCUCACUCCCGGCAGCAGCAUUUCGACGCAGCGCGAUUCGGCCGCUACUCUGUGCGAGAUGCUCGCCACUCGCAGGGGCCGCCUCGCGCUCAGGAAGGACGGGCUGGCACAGCAAGUGCUGUCAGCGCUCGCCAAGGUCAAAGCGGGGCGCGACGCAGCCCUGGCGCUCGCGGCCGCGUGUGCGCUCCUGGCGCUGGCGGCAGAGGACGCCCACCCCGCUUACAUGGCCUCCACAGCUGCUGUGGUGCUGGCUGAGCAGCUGCUGCAGGAGUCUCAUGACAUCCAGCAGACUGCGGCCGACUCAGCGGCUGGGGCGCGGCUGCAACGCCUGCUGCAAAAUGGCAGCCUGCUGCGCCACCCCAGUAGCGGCCUGAGCUUGUCGCAGCUGGCCGCCGGCAGCGCAUCGCAGCAACAGCAGCUGCAGCAGCAGGCGGCGCUGGCGAUGGAGCGGCAUGAGGCGCUGACGGCAACGCAGCAGGGCGUGCUGCUCACCGCGCUGGCGCAAGCCACUGGGGCACACGACGCGACGCGGUUGCAAUACACCGAGGUCAUGCGCGCCAAGAUGCUGCGCCACGGCCUGCUGGUGCGGCUGGCUGAUCUGCUUCGCCGCCUGUGCUGCGGCGAGGGCGGCGGCACACGGGGCGAGCAGCAGGCAUCCCAGGGAGAUCAGGGGGCCCCAGGGCUGGCGGUGGACGCAGCUGUGGUGGUGGGCAACGCGUGGCUGGUGGCCACGGUGCUGGCGGUGAUGGAAAAUGCCACCUUCACGGCCCCCGAGAACGCUGCCUGUCUGGCCAGCGCCAGCUUUAGUAAAGUGCUGAUGAACCUGACGCACGGCAACACCGCCGGCGGUGUCAGCGCCAUCACACAGGCCGGCGGCGCAGGGGCCAUUGUUCAGCUGCUGCAGCGGCUGCUGCCCAGCUGGGAAAGGGGCCUUGCCGAGGCGAUGCGGACGGAGGUGCUGGAGCAUGUCGAGGUGGUCAGCGUGGCACUGGGCGUGCUCAUCAACCUGGCCUCAACUGAGCCAGGCGUAUGCUGUGACCUGACGGGGGCCGGCGCAGCUGAGGGUGGUGCGGCCUCGCCUGGUGUGCUGCCGCUCCUCUGCAGCAUGCUCAACGCCACAGCAGAGCGGGUGGCUGCGGAGGAUGCCCCCCAGUCGCCGCAGCCAGGCUCCCCGUCGCCGCCGUCGUCCUCCCAACCGUCGCAGCGCAGGCAUGCAGCGGGGAGCGGCCAGCAGCGAACCGGGUCGCAGCAUGAGGGCCCGCCUGGCAGCCCUCCGCCUUUGGUGCAGCCACGCACAGCGGGCGGGAACGGCGGCGGCAAGGGCGGCGCGCCACAGCGGCCCGGCCCUAUGUCCACAUGCCUCAUGCCGGCGGGUGCGGGCAUGCCCCUCACGUCGCAGCCAGAGCGCAGCUCGCCUCAGGAGCUGGCCAGCGGCGGCAGCUCCAGCAGCGAUAAUGCGGGCGAGGCAGCGAUUGUGGAGGCCUACAGUGCUAUGCUCCUGGGCUUUCUGCUGCGAGGCAGCCCUGGUCUGCAGCAUGCCGCGGCCGCACGCCUCGCCGGUGGCAGCCUGGAGCCUGUGGCCGCGGCAAUCCAGCGGUGCCUGGCCUUUUAUGUCACCGCAGGGGCCAUCACGGAGGGGACGCGCGGCAAGCUGGUGCAGCUACUGGAGGAGCUGGGGCGCGCAUGCAGCGGCGCAGAGGCUGCGGGCGGCUGUGGUGAAGGUGGUGAUGGCAAGGACAGCGGCUGA